AUGGCCUCCACCACUUCCACCACUUCCACCCCUUCGAGGACGCCGUCCUUCGCCACGCUUCCCGCGUCGCAGCCGGGCCCGUCUCUGGAAUAUGCCACAAUCAGCGACCUACACACCGCGGUCGACAGUUUGCGCACAUACCUUGAUGCGCAAUGCGGCAGCACCAGGGAGAUGCUCCGCGCCUUUGAGAACGCGCGCUACAGGCAGGACAACACUGUGCCAACUCUCCUGCGCAGCGUCGACAAGCAGCUAGGCGAGCAGGGCCAGAAGCUCCUCACGUUAGAGAAGGAUGUGAAGGAGACUAAAGAGACGCUGGAGCGGCUAGAGAGGUUGAUGUACAAGCACCUGGUGGAUCCGAAUAGGGAGCCGACACCUACCGAGGCAGGAGGAAGCCCGCAGCCCGACAUGCCGGAGACCAACGGGCCGGCACGAUCGAACGGGGAAGCAAACGGGGUGCAGGCGGGGCAGUCAGCGACUACUCCGCAGAAGCCCAAUUCACCAAGAAGAGCCGAUACACAGAGCAAUAACGAGGCCGGUCCGUCGGCGAACGGGCAGACACACUCCCAUGCACGCGAAGGCGUGUCGUCGAACAGGUGCACCGAGGGCCCCGGGCCACAACCUGAAAGCGAGAGGAAGAGAGCCCCACCGCUCACCAGGCAGCCGAAGCUGGGGCUGCCAUUCCCUUCGGCCAACGGAUACAAUGGGGGUCGAGUCGAAACAAACGGAGCGGCCGGUCCCUCGACGCGCCCACUGCCAGAUCACAGUCUCAGGGUAGCAUCACCAGUACAGAGCGCUGCGCUCGCCGAGUCCAGACGGCGCACGCGUCCUCUGGCACGCGCAAACGCCAUGGACUUGCGGACUAUCCUCGCCUCCGCAGACGGCCCGGGGUCGGACACGGCGCUCAGCGGGUCCGUGAUCACUGGCAAUGGAGAGCGCAUAUUCUCGGACAUCAUAACGGAGGGACUGUCUGCUAGCGAAGGUUCUUUGUUGUUGGGGAGUGGUGGUCCUACUGAGGCUGGAAGCUCACGCGAGGGGCGACGUUGUUGCGGCAGCGCGGCGAACGGAGAUCCAGCAGAAUCGCGAGGAGACGCCACUGGAUCGGCUAUGGCUCCAGUGCCAGAGAGUGGCACCGAAGAAACUCACCAGGGCGUAGCGGCAUCGAUCGAAGCAAACGCUGUACGUGCGGACAGUUCUUCGAAAUCGGAGGGAGCUGCGCCAAGGCCGUCGACGGGCUUUAUCAAGGAAGAGUCGUCAGAGCCUCAGACGACGGAUGUCGGACCCAGUCAGGCUGUUCCUGACAGUAUGCCGGACGCUAGCUCCUCGGGCCCCCAGCUCCGGCGUAGUCAGCGGACGAAGAGGAGACGCGUCGAAGAUACCGACGCGCAGACGAACACCACGACGGCAGCGAAGAGAGGAGGGGUGAAGCGUCGUAAAACCAGGAACUGA